AUGCGCUUUAAUGACAACCGUUGGACCAGAGCCGUGAGCGACUGGGUUCUCCGCGAUAUUAAGCGCACUACAGGAAGACCGCCGACCCGAUGGUCAGAUUUCUUCACGAAGUCCUUGAAAGAAAAAUAUGAUGCUCUUCGUGUCCCACGCGAAAGGAGGAACCACUGGGCUACUCUGGCACGCGAUCGGGACAAAUGGAAGAAUUACUGGCGCCCGCUCGACCAGUUCGAAGAUCAACGGGAGUCAAGGUAA